AUGGAGGAUAGUAAUGCAAUGGAGUGUAAUGAAAAAGCACUUGUAAUAUUGUACACAGCUUUUACAAGAGGAACACGUUGCUUAACACUUCCCAAUAACGCAUGUGAAGAAUCCCUAAGAACCAUAGCUUAUGUCUCAGCGUGUCCAACAGACUUUAAGGAAUAUCAAGCUGCUGCAAUUAAGAAAAAUUGUCGACAGUACAAUCAGACCUGUAGAUCCUUCGAAUACCACUGUGUCCUAAAUGAUGAUAUGACAAGAGUCAUUGAAGUCUGCGCCCCUUGGCGUUAUAUUCAAUCGGGAAAAUGUACAGAGUUUAAUAUUGGACUAAGGAGCAUUCGGAAAAUCUACAAAAGUGAUUGUACUGAUUUUCCUUUCCCUUGCCCUACAUAUUACAACUCAACAGAGUCAUAUCGAUACACGGGCUGUUAUAGAAAAAUUACAACCCCGACAAUAAGAACCUCAGAUAUGACAACAAGAAAUGAAACUGUUUCCUAUACAACAAAGGCUGUUUCAAGACCAGAGAAUCAAACAUAUGAGACAACUAAAAGGGAAUAUAACAUAGAUUAUAUAGGGAUUUCAUUCGGUAUAACCAUUCCAGUGGUACUGCUGAUGGUUAUUCUUUGUGUUUAUUGGAGAACUCACUUGAAGCAAAAAGGCAUUAGAACAGAAAGAAAAUCUUAUUUUCAAGUAUCCCAGAAUUCUUACAAGUAAGACCUUCCGGGAAUGUAUAA